GUUUAUUGUGUUUAAACAUUAUAUUAAUUAUUGAAAGAAAGAAAAAAGUAUAAAUUGUACAUGUGCGCGUAUGUAUGCAAACAAUAUGGCGGCAGCGUAUUAUUGUGUUGUGCUUGACCACGGAGUUAGAUACUAAGGAGAACGACGAUCGCUAUACGCGCAAUUUGUAUAAAUAAAUAAAUUAAUUAAUUAAAACAUAUAUUGUGUCCCCCUAAAAAAGUAUGCAAAAAAAACAAUACUUAUUGCUGCCAUUAGGACAGGAUGUUGUGUGAUGAUUGGUGAUCAUCUCGAUCAACUACAGCGCACCCUGGAAUAAAACUUGAUUUGUUCUAUAUUUCCGUCGUAAAUGCAACAGUCAGCCGACUCGUCGCUUCAUGUUUUAAGGUUUAAGGAUACGUGUUGCUUUGGGUACGUUUGGAUCGUUCGUAUUUUAACCUAAAACCACGACAUUUGCAAGUCCGAAAAUGUAAAGAUUCAUUUUGAAUAAAAAGAACAAUGUCAUAUCAAAACUCACCGUUUUCAACAAUGUAUGCUCAAGAAGAUUACGACAUCGACGAGGAUAAUGAAGAAUAUGUCGAGGAAGAUCGAGAUGCGGAAGAGCAAGACGAUAGCGAUGAAGAUACGGAGGAAGCUAGCGAGACGGAUAUGGGAAAAUCUGAAGAAUAUACAGAGAUAAAAGAACAGGUAUAUCAAGAUAAAUUAGCCAAUUUAAAGAAGCAGUUACAACAACUGAAGGAUGGUACCCACCCAGAAUAUAAUCGUAAACUAAAACGCUUAGAAGCACAAUACAAAGAAAGGUUGCGUCUCAAUAUCAUUUAUCGAGAUUAUUUAACGGAAUGGGUAGAAAGAGAUUACAUACUGGAAAAGAAAGCAGCUGCUAAAGAAUUUGAGGAAAAGAAAAUAGAUUUGAAAGAAAAUUUACUAACGGAUAUGGAAGAAAAAAGAAAAAUGAUUGAAUCCGAUCGGCAUACGAUGGAACUUACGGGAGAUUCUAUGGAGGUAAAGCCAGUGAUGACAAGAAAAUUACGUAGGCGACCAAACGAUCCGGUACCCGAAAAAGUCGAGAAACGUAGGAAACCUCCUCCGGCUCAAUUAAAUUACUUAUUAGAUGAAAAAGAAAUAGAAAGUGACUUGAAAGCUAUUAGUCGGGGUAAAAUUUUAACGACGAUAAGAAAACCAGUAGUACUUCCACAUUACAAUACAGUAAAUAUACAAUCUCAACAUAUUUCUUCGCCAUCUACGGACACAUCUCUAGUGGAAACAAGGAUAGAAGGUGGAAAACUUUUGUAUGAAAGACGAUGGUUUCAUCGUGGACAACCGGUAUACGUGGAAGGACAGGACUUGACGAGAUUUGCUGCAAACAUAUCGGCAAUUGGAACAGAAGCUAUAUGGGUGAAAAAGAUAUCGGAUGGAAGCAAAGUUAGGAUUUACAUAUCACAACUGAGCCGUGGAAAGAUUUCUAUAAAACGACGAGCAUCAUAGUAACUCCCCUCACUCUCCUAUAUAUAUGCAAAUAUAUAUAUAUAUAUAUAUAAAUAAGCAUUUGUGAAGAAGCAUCGAAUAAUGAUCA